UGCGCUUAGAACUACAUCUCCCAGAUUGUGUUUACAAGCUCCCAUUUAUAGCAACUGUCGUGUAUCGCACCGGCUGUUCAACGGUCUUGAGGCGAAUCAGGUGACUGUGUGUCCCCCGUAAACCCUGGGAUGAAUGACGAAACGGAGGAAGAGACGGUCCCCGUUGUGAUGGAGUCCUCCUCGUACUCGCAGGUAGUUUUCAACGAUGUUCCUCCAUCAUAUCCGCCAAACAUCGCAGUUACGUGCCGUUACACUCUCACCGGUGCUCUGGAGCCCAGCCCGAGGGACUGGAUCGGUAUCUAUAAAGUUGGUUGGAGUUCAACACAGAAGUAUUUUACCUACAUGUGGGUGGAACCUUGCCUGGACCAUGUCGGACCUGAACCACUAGUGCAACAGGUGGUUUUCAAAGAGGGCUACUUGCCCAAGGAUGAUGGGGAGUUUUACCAGUUCUGCUAUGUGGACAGCUUUGGUCAUGUCAAAGGAGCCAGCACACCAUUCUGCUUUCAAAACCCAGCAGAAGCAAGCCUUGGCUGCAGCCUGGAGAAUGAGCUGUUAGUCAUAACAACACAGGAGCAGGCAGAAAAGAUGGAGAAGGAGAAAGAAGAAUUUUUGAAAGAGAUCGAGUCUUUAAAAGAAGCAAAUACGAUCCUGAAAACUGAGUUGGAUGAAAGACUGCAUGAGAUCCGCCAUCUCCGAAGCUCCAUAGAUGAUUUGAAGUCAAAGGAUAUACCAGAAUCACCACUGGCAGAUGUAAAGGGUUUUAAUUCCACUGAAGAGUCACUGACAUUUCUGCAUGAAAAGUACGAGAGAGCUGUUCAAAAGAUCCGCUUGCUUAAGAGAGAAAGGACAGAGAUACAGAAACAGCUUGAACUCAAGGAUCAAGAAAUUCUUGGACUAAAUACCUUGCUGAAAGAAGCAGAGCAAAAUAACAGCAAAGUGCAGGACCAGGUCAAGUUGCUCCAGGUGGAUGUGCAAAGCAGCAGGAAAGACUGUGAGAAACUGUACACUGAAAUCCAGGGGCUAAGGAUGAAGAAGGAUCUUGAGGAACAGAGGGCUGAAAACAAAGCAUCCUUUUCAGAGAAUGAAGCCCAACUGAAAGAAGAAAACAGUAAAAUUCAUUCCCUGCUCACUCAACUGACAGAGGCCAGAGGACUGCUUCGCAGUGAGGUGCAGGAUUGCAGAGAAGCCUGCAAACGUGCAGAAAAAGCAGAGCAGGAAUUAAAGGAAGUCAACAGGAAGCUGGAGGAGAUGACCUUGAAACAUUCAGAGGAUGAGAAAACCAAGCAAAUCCAGGCACAACUUCAGCAAGCACAAGACAAAAUGUAUGAAAUGGCAGAGACAUCAAGAUUAGACCGAGAGAAGCUUGUGGAAAAGAAUGAGGAACUGAAGGCAGAAGUAAAUAAGCUUCGUAUGGCAGUGAUCGACUACCAGGUUCCAUCUGGUGCUGCAGUGUCUGAUCAACUAUCCAACCCUCAAAACCCACCGGCCUCUCUGGAGCAGACACACUCACCUAACUCUCAUUUCUAUGAGAGCAUUGAUAGCUUCAUAGCAAAUCCUGCAGGAACAAAGAUACAGGUGUGCCAGCACUGUCGGGAGGGCUUUCCUGGCAUCAGCGAGGAUGAACUGACAGCACACGAGCGCUCUCACAAAGUGUGUCCACUCUGCACUCUGAUCUGUGACGAUAUGGGACAGCAGGAGUUUGAAAAUCACGUUUACAAUCAUUAGGAUUAGUCAAUUCUGUUUUCUAUAUCUGAUAUGCUAUAAAGUGUGAUGGCACUUUUUAAAGUAGGAUUUUCUAGAUGUACAUCCCUUCUCUUUCAUUAUUAUGUGUUAUCUGUCUAAAAUAGGGAAAUAAAAGUGAUUUUUUUAAAUCAUGUAAUUGGAACUAGAGGAAAACAUCCAAUUAAAU